AUGUCCAUUACUUUAUUCUGUCUUGUCAAAGGAAACACACCCGUGAACGCUUUCUCUGUUAAAAUAAAUAGGGAUGAGCCUAUUAAUCUCAAGCUGUGGAAGGUGGAAAUUCCUGACGAUCGCGAUUCCGAGUUGGCCAACCCCGCAUUAGAAGUCGAACUUCUGGCAACGAAAAAGAUUUCGAAAUACUUCCCUGAUUUACCAGCCGAAGAAUGUAUCCAUGUCAUAGUCGAACCACCCGUAUCAACCACCGCUUCGAGUCGUGAACAGGAAUUGCUUGACCGAAUCGCGUCGUUGGAGGCAUCGAUUAACAAGUCUGUCCAUGACGCGGAAAGUAAGAAAGUCUUGCAUAGUGAGGACGUUCUCGCAUCUAGAUCUUUACCGGAAACUGAGGUAAGCGUACCCGAUGAAAUCUUAGAUUCUAACUUGGAAUCACCUGAUGAUGAGAAAUCCUAUGAUGAAGACGUGAACCAGCUUCCAGUUGACAAUACCUCUGAUGCUGACAAGGAUUUCUACAUUAGCGAAGAAUAUAAUUUCGGCGGAGCACUUUCUGACGAUAACGAUGAAGAUGUCUCACUCCGUGAGAAUGCUAACGCAACUAGGGAUAAUGAAAAUGAUGACGAAUUCUCUGAUAACAACGAAGAGGAAGGGUUCUAUGGAUUUUCUGACGAUGAUGAUGAAGGUUAUUAUUAUGAUUUAAAUACCGGCGAAACUUGUACAAAAUCGAACCUUUCAAUCUAUGCCUAUUAG